AUGCUACCUGUUUGGUCCCCCCGGCCAUCCCUAUAUCUUGUAAGUUCGUAUGUUCUGUUGUUUACUGAACUCAAGAAGAGAAAAGAUCGGACCGUUGAAUCCACACCGAAUGUACUUGGCCUCUUUUCCCGACUUUUCUGUUCAACGUUACUCAACGCUGAGUUCUGCUGCCAUUAUGCCAACGGCUGUGGUCGGUUCAAGCAUAUAAGUCAGAGUAACAAUCCUACUCGUGUUCCCAGCUGUGACACAGCAAAUGGAUGUGGUCAACGAAAGAUCUUUGAAGCAUUCUGUGUGACAAACCGCUGGUUCUCUGUGAGAGGAACUAGCAGCUCAAACCUAGCUCAGGAGAAACCUUUUGAGUAG